AUGCCGGAUCUUAAGCUCAUCAACACUUUGCAAAAGCGAAAACUUGAAGCAAUCAUACCACACUCAACCCAUCUAUCAAUUGGGCAGUCAACCGAGUUGAAUAAGUUCCUGACAAUCGUCAUACAAACCAUAGCAGAUAUGGCGAAUACCAUCAAAGUGAAGGAACAGCUAGUCAUCCUCAAGACUCAGGAUGAUUGGGAUAAGUGGAUCGAACAACUGGAAGGGAUGGUUACACCUACGCUAUGGACGAAAUUCAUAGACCCAGACUCAACCAAUCCACCAGCCAUACCAACCCUCGACAUGGAGGAACCAAUUGAGUCAGCCUACUCGGCCACCUAUACCACGGCGGUUAGCAGGGCAGAGGAGGAGCAGGUCGAGCCGCCUGAGUAUAAUCGAGUCCAAUACAACCUCACAAACAAAGAGAGAGAGGAAUUCAGGUUCGACCUGGAGAUCUUCACUCGCAAGGACCUACCCAAAUUCAAAGCUGAAGAACGAGAAUACAUGGAAGCAGCUCAGGUCAUCCGACAGACAUGCGAUGAUACAGCCAAACUAUACUUGAAGGCAAAAGACCCGCUCCGUAUACAAGUUUAG